AGCACAUCUGCAUGCAAAUAAAAAUAAUUAUGAUAACCACCACGCAAACAAACAAGUAACAGCUCCGAGAAAAAAAAAAUACUUUCAACCAAGGACUUUGGAAAUAAGAGAUCAUAGAAGUUAUAUUAAUAGUGAGGAGGAGGAGGAAAAAAAGAGGCAAGAAAUACAGCGACCAUGGGCCACAUUCUUUUCCUAGCUUGUACUUUGUUCCUCUCUCUCCUUUUUCCCAAGGUAACUGCAGUCUGCCGAGAGGGAGUUAAAUGGGAUUAAAAGCUCUGUGUAAGCAAAAGGACCCAGAAGAGAAGGAGGGAAGGAGUUGGCCGUGCGGGCCAGGGGGUGUCUUUGGCACAGCUGAGCCCCUUAGAGAGACAGAGAGCUGAGCUCCUGGGAAGGAUGCACCCACAAACCAGCCUUUUCCCCUUUUUCUGAUGGAUCGCUGCAAAACUUGCCCGAAAGAAACAAUGCACUAAACGUGAUGGAGCCGGAAUCAGAGCCGGUCUCCAGACUCAGAGCAACACCAGCAGCCAGGGGGGGAUCCCUCUUUCUCUGGAUUGUUUUAUAUUUUACCUGUUUCCUUGGAUUCGCACAGGGAAGUUCUGAAGAUGUGGACAUUCUUCAAAGAUUGGGCCUGGCAGGGAAAAAGCCAUUGAGUGCGUGGUCUUCAUCACGCUCAGUUCCUCAGGGGGUUAUCCCUUUCAAAUCGGGGGUCAUCUUCACUCAGCGAGCACGCAUCGAGGCGCCCAUUGGUACCGUCAUCCCCACUGCCUUCGGCACAGACUUGGCCCUAGUGCUGAGCUUGUGCUCCCACCGCAUCAACAAUGCUUUUCUGUUCUCUGUCAAGAGCAAGAAGAAAAAACUGCAGCUGGGGGUCCAGUUCAUCCCUGGGAAGGUCAUCGUGUACGUAGGCCACAAGCGCUCUGUAUAUUUUGAUUACAAUGUUCACGAUGGCCACUGGCAUAACAUGGCCAUUGACAUCCGAGGCCAGAUGGUAACUUUAUUUACUUCUUGUGGGAAGCAAAGAGUAGAUGCGGAUUUGCAUUUUAAAAAAGAUGAGGCAUUGGAUCCACAAGGGUCUUUUCUCUUAGGGAAAAUGAACCAGCAUUCGAUACAGUUUGAAGGCGCCAUUUGCCAGUUUGAUAUUUAUCCUUCCGCCAAGGCAGCUCAUAAUUACUGUAAAUACCUGAAAAAACAAUGCAGGCAAGCGGACACCUUCCGGCCGAAUCUGCCCCCACUUGUCCCCCUCUUGCCCAGGGAUCCCAGUGCCUCCCCAAUGGCCCCUCUGCAGCCUAAGCUCUUGCUACAGGGUUUGAAGAACCUGACUACUGUGAUCCCAACAUCAGAGCUCAUCAAGGUCACAACACCCCUCAAGACUCCAGUUACAGCGUCCACCACCUUGGUCCCAUAUAAGCUGCUUUCUGCAGGGCCAACAACCAAAGCAGCCAAGGUUACAAUUGUGCAGUCUACCGUUCCAUCAAGUACUGAUAUGCAGCUGCCGGUCCAUUCACACCCUCGGACUACUACAGCAGCCCUCAGGAUAUCCCAACCCUCUUCCAAUGCAAGUUCACAAAAACACUCCCUUCCCACAGUCAGAAACAUCCUGCCUGCUGGCCAAAUCUCCACUGCAAUCAGCAGGAAAGAGUUGGAGCAAGAGACCAAAAAGAUGAACAACCAAAAAACAUCCACCAAGCCCUCUGAAACCCCCAGCACUGUAAAGCCAAUGAGGAAGAAGAUUGAAAACACAUCUAGACACGUCCACCCCAUGACCAUGAAACAAAACCCGGAGAACCUGACCAGUGGACCCAUUUCAAAUAUGCUAUUGCCACUACCAACCAAGAAAUCCGUUCCUAGCCUAGUUCCUCUACUGUACACCAAAUCAACCCCUAAAUCUGUUCAUCAUACCUUCAGAACUAGUGUGCAAGCCUUCAACCUCACAACCCCUGCUGCUGUUGAUGGGUUUCAGGUCUUUGACCCCGUUGGACCCACCCUAUUUCCAUUUUUACUGGGACUUCCUGGAUCUAAAGGAAACCAAGGUCCCCCGGGCCCCCCAGGUCUACCAGGCUUACCAGGCCCUCCUGGCAAGAGAGGCCCACGGGGUCCUCCUGGUCCCCAUGGAAACCCUGGCCGCCCUGGUCUACCUGGCCCUAAAGGCCAAAAAGGUGAUCCUGGGCUGUCACCUGGAAAAGCUCGUAAUGGAGAGAAGGGAGAUAUGGGUUUACCUGGUUUGAGUGGGCUUCCUGGACCAUCUGGUCGGAAGGGAUACAAAGGCUACCCUGGACCACCAGGUCAUCCUGGAGACCAGGGUGAACGCGGACCAGAUGGGAGCCCAGGUGCCAAAGGUUAUCCUGGCAGGCAGGGUUUACCAGGACCAAUAGGUGAAGCUGGUCCAAAAGGCAGUCGGGGGUAUAUUGGUCUCCCAGGAUUAUUUGGGCUGCCAGGGCCUGAUGGAGAACGAGGUAUCCCUGGAGUUCCUGGGAAGAGGGGCAAGAUGGGUAGGCCGGGUUUUCCUGGCGAUUUUGGUGAACGAGGACCUCCAGGCAUAGAUGGGAACCCAGUAAAAUUGGGAGCCCCCGGUCCUCCUGGAGUUCAUGGACUCAUUGGAGAUAUGGGCGCGCUCGGACCAAUAGGUUAUCCAGGACCAAAGGGACUUAAGGGGCUGAUGGGAAACCCUGGAGAACAUGGACUGAAAGGUGAUAAGGGUGAUCAGGGACUGCCAGGUGUUCCAGGAGAUAUUGGAUUCCAAGGAGACAAGGGCAGUCAGGGCUUUCCUGGGAUACCAGGAGCCCGAGGGAAGCCAGGUCCCCUUGGAAAGGUUGGUGACAAAGGUCCAGUCGGGUUUCCAGGACCACCCGGUCCUGAGGGCUUUCCAGGGGAUAUUGGCCCACCAGGACAAAAUGGCCCCGAAGGCCCGAAGGGGAAGCCCGGAGCACGAGGUUUACCUGGGCCGAGAGGACAGCCUGGCCAAGAGGGAGAUGAAGGACCCAUAGGGCCACCAGGGUCCCCUGGUCCAGAGGGUCGACCUGGCAGGAAGGGAUUUCCUGGAAACCCUGGCCCUGAUGGUUCAAAGGGUGAGCCAGGACAUCCAGGGCGGACAGGAAAAGUUGGUGAGCAGGGUUUGAUGGGUUUCAUCGGUCCAGUCGGGGAACCUGGAAUAGUGGGAGAGAAGGGUGACCGAGGCACAAUCGGAGCACCGGGCCCACCGGGAGUCAAGGGGUCGAUGGGGCAUCCCGGAACGCCCGGAGGAACUGGUUUCUCAGGAGCUCCUGGACCACCAGGCCCUGCUGGAGUCCGGGGACCCCCAGGUAUAAGGGGAGCAAAAGGCCGUCGGGGUGCCAGAGGUCCUGAUGGACCAGUGGGGGAGCCAGGGUCAAGAGGUGUUAAGGGCCUUCAGGGGGAGCCAGGCAAACCGGGGCCCGAUGGGCAGCAGGGGAAGAUGGGAGAGACUGGGGAGACAGGACCACGUGGCUUCCUAGGUAUCCAAGGACCUUCCGGACCCCAAGGAGGCAAAGGGGCUCCAGGCGACCCGGGACCUCAGGGACCACAGGGGCCAGCUGGACCUUUAGGAGAAAUGGGACAUAAGGGACCUCCUGGCUCAAUGGGACAACCUGGCCUUCCAGGUGAAUCUGGCAUGAAGGGUGAUCUUGGACAGCUGGGGGUCCCAGGAGAACAAGGCCUCAUUGGUCAAAGAGGAGAGCCAGGCCUGGUAGGGGACAGCGGCCCAUUUGGGCCAGACGGUGUUAAGGGAGACAAAGGAGAGCAAGGCCCAGAAGGAGAGAGAGGAGAAAAAGGUGCCGAAGGAUUGAAGGGAAAUGAAGGGCCUCCUGGAUAUCCCGGAAUCACAGGUGUCCGAGGACCAGAAGGGAAACCAGGCAAACAAGGAGAAAAGGGCAAAACCGGCCAGAAGGGCAGCAAGGGCUAUCAGGGGCAGCUGGGCGAGACGGGCCCUCCAGGGAAGAUGGGGCCAAAAGGGACUCAAGGCCUUAAAGGAUCCAGAGGUACCCUGGGACCUAUGGGUGCUCCAGGAAGGAUGGGUGCCCAAGGGGAACCUGGCUUAAUGGGUUAUGAGGGGCAUGCAGGACCGCCAGGUCCAAUUGGACCACCAGGGCCAAAAGGUGAAAAGGGAGAACAAGGUGAUGAUGGGAAAAUAGAAGGCCCCCCAGGACCACCUGGUGACAGAGGUCCAGUUGGCAACAGAGGAGAUCGAGGGGAGCCUGGAGACCCUGGCUACUCUGGUCAGGAAGGACUUGACGGGGACAGAGGAAAAGCUGGACAGCAAGGUCUACCUGGGGAUUCUGGACCACCAGGCCAGCCAGGGCCAAAGGGAUCCAAAGGUGAAGAGGGUCAAAAAGGAAAGCAAGGGCAAUGGGGUGAAGCUGGCAGCAGAGGCUCGCCGGGUCCUGUUGGGUUACCUGGUCCUAGGGGAGUAGUGGGAAGGCAGGGUCAGGAGGGUUCUCCUGGAGUGGACGGAGUUCCUGGGAAGGAUGGCACAGCUGGGCUGCAGGGAGAACAGGGAGAUGAUGGGGAAGAAGGCACAACAGGGAUUUCGGGAAAACGAGGGAACCCCGGCAUACCUGGUCUCCCCGGAGCACAGGGGCCACCAGGAUUUAAGGGUGAAAGAGGAUUGCCUGGGCAGACUGGCCCAACAGGGAAACGGGGUACACAAGGAGGAAUGGGGCUCCCAGGAAGCCCAGGAGAUCCAGGACCCAAAGGACAGCCGGGGGACUUUGGCGAGUCAGGAUUUCCAGGGAUUGCAGGCAUGUUUGGGCCAAAGGGACCACCAGGAAACCUUGGAUUCAAAGGAAUUCAGGGCCCACGGGGACCACCGGGUCUUAUGGGAAAGGAAGGUAUUAUUGGGCCGUUUGGAAUUCUGGGUCCCACAGGAAGCUCAGGUCCCAAAGGAGACAAAGGCAGCCGUGGUGAAACGGGUUUGCAAGGUCCAAGGGGUCCCCCAGGCCCACGAGGACUCCCCGGGCCUCCGGGGCCAACAAGAAUUCCAGCUUCAUUUCAGCAGGAUGGCUUUGGUGCAGCAUUCCAGACAAUGAUGGACUCGAACACUGCACUCAAGUCUACAGAGCAGAGCUAUCAACAUUCAGACCUUCUGAUGCUAGACCAGGAAGGAGAGAUCUUUAAGACUCUACACUACCUCAGCAACCUCAUCCAGAGCAUCAAAAGACCCCUGGGAACCAAGGAGAACCCUGCACGCAUCUGUCGAGACCUCAUGAACUGUGAACAGAAGAUGGGUGAUGCUUGCUCCCUUUCUUCAGGUACUUACUGGAUUGACCCAAAUCUUGGCUGUUCUUCAGACACCAUUCAAGUCACCUGUAACUUCACCAAAGGUGGACAGACAUGUCUCAGCCCCAUCACUGCCUCUAAGCUGGAAUUCAACAUUGGUAGAGUCCAGAUGAACUUCCUUCACCUACUGAGCUCGGAGGUGGUUCAGCACAUCACCAUCCACUGCUUGAACAUGUCAGUGUGGAGGGAAGGGUCAACUGAGAAGCCUUCAGAAAAAGCUGUGCGUUUUAAGGCCUGGAAUGGACAGAUAUUUGAGGCAGAAGGGCCAUUCCAGCCCGAGGUGGCAACAGAUGAUUGCAAGAUUCAGGAUGGACACUGGCACAAGACUGUCCUUGCGUUUCGGACACAGGACCCUAACCAGCUGCCAAUUAUCAACAUCUACAACCUUCCACCAUCCGAGCCAGGGAAACAGUAUCACCUCGAGGUUGGACCCGUGUGCUUCCUUUGAACUGUGACCUCUACAGUGCUCCAAGGUUUUGACCCCUUUUGGGUGGGCCUACAUGUUUAAGUAGGAUCCCCGUCCCUCUUCAGCACAGAUGGCUGGGCCUCGUCAUUUGGGUCAACUGUUGCUCUGGCCAUAGAGCUCAAAGUCUUAAAGAACCUCGAUCUCCUGAACUCAGCAGAUUCUCCAGCAUAGUCUUGAAAGAAAUUUGGGGGGAUGCUGACAUCAGCCAAGACAUGAACAGUGAAGGGGGAUCAGGAACUUGAAGGCCAGAUGUCACAAGCAAUUCCACAUACAAAGCUUUUUCCACAACCAAAGAGAGAGAGAUCUCAAGAAGAAACCUACAGUGCAUAUCUUUGUCCUACCCAGUUCCUGAGUUACCAAAUGUUCUUUCCAUAAAAUUAGAGCCUCCCUUUAAGAGCUCAUCAUCUUCUGGACAGCUCACCGCUGAGUAAGAGAGAGAGAUGAAGUUCUCAUAAGUGGAUUUGCAAGUUGAAUCUGGCUGCUCUGUGUACAGGAAGCAUUUGAUGUGCAAUAUUAGAAGAGAAACAAAUAUAUAGAUAUAUAUUUUAUUUAAGCAAAAAAAAAAUUAAUUUCCUCCUCCUGUGAGCGAGUCUAAUAAAUGUCCCUUCUCAUGUGUGAUGAUAGGGUGGGGAAAAAGUCCCAAAGCGGAAAACAGAAGUGGUGGGGGGGGGGGGGGAAGAGAUUGGUGCUAAAAUAGAGAGAGAGGAUGGGCUCGUCUGGUUUGUUUCUACCUCUCACUGUGAAAUCUCUGGUGCUCUUAAAAAAAAAAAAAAAAAAGUGUGUUGUUUUAUAUAUGAUUUUAAACUAUUUAAGGUUCUGAAGGUGCUACAAUGUUUUGCCACAGACCCAAAAAAGCCAACAGCCAUAGGGACGUCUCUCUAGAAAGAGAGAAAGUGGGGGGAGGGCAGUUUGUGAUCUUCAGCUAAAUCAGAAGAAAAAAUUGAAAUAUUUUAAAACACACUAACUUAAAGGCAAAUUAUUUUUUUUUAAAUCUAGCUUUGUAAAGAUAAUUGCCUUGGGUGUCAGUAAAUAGACAACACAAACUAUGUCUAAAAAUAAGUGUGCCCUUGGGUUUUUUAAUGGCAUUUCACUGUUUUAUUUUUUGGGGGGUACAACUCAGCAGCUGUAAGAAUUCAAUUGUAGGGGAGCCUUGAAGAGAGCUAGUUUGGGUUGUUUUUGUUAUAUAAAUAGUUUUUCUGUGUUGACCAUAUGUAUAGUUUCCUUGCCAGCUCUUCUGUAUGCAGUGAUUCCCUACAGUGGGAUCCAACAGCUGAUCUCUUAUUUAAAACAAAAAAAACAGUCCUUUGUCAGGACCUGUCUGUCAAAGCUGAAAUUACGGUACCUUGUUGCUUCAGAACCCAACCAAGCUUGGAGGGGUUUUUGUUUUGUAGAAAUCUAGUCUGUAUGUGUACAUUUGGAGUUUUUUUUUUUUUUUUUUUAAAGAGGAUAAUUAUGGUAAUCAUUUUAUUCUACAUAAGGAAUAAUAUUAAUGUAAUCUGAGCUGUACUGUAUCAAAUGCUUCAGUGCCUGUUUUGGAGUUUUUCAUGUCUUGUAUGGACUAUGGAUUAUUUUGUUUGGAGAAAAAAAGAGUCAUUUUGUGUAUUCUUUUUUGCAAUUGUCUUCAGUUUGUUUUUCCAAUGAGCUAAAAGUUAACAAGAUUUUUCAAAUACCUCAACUCCCCUUUCGAUUCUGGUGCUUUUCCUCAAAAUACCUCAAGCUGCCAGCCCAGGGCUCAGCCAUUGAGUGCCUCUCAUCCCAGAUCAGUCUUCAGCUCUUAAGGGCCUUUGUGUUGAAGUUACCAUAAUCUCAUCUCUUGCUUGCUUCUUUCCUUGCCCCCCUCACACACACACACACACAUUCUCUGUCCCAUUUCUCACCCUCUUGUUGAUGGUUUGUUAUGUUUCGUGAGGUUGGAAUUUCCAUUUGUUCACCUUAAACUUUUUUUUUUUUUGUUUGGAACUUUAAAUAAAUAUUUAAA